AUGAGCAGCACCAAACAUACAACUUCUCAACAUGUCGAAUUCAAAAGGAUCAUCAACCUUGUCCUUUUAUUCAUAAUCAUAGCAUUGAUUUUUCAAAAUUCAGCGUAUUUUAAAACGACACUCCAAAAUGUACUCUCGCGGUUCUACAAAAACGAUCAUCCAGGCUCUGCCAGUGUUAAUCGCGGGCCAUUGCCUAUCUUUUCAGAAAACUUAAUAGAUUUUGAUGACGUUAACACGGUUGAUAAGACAAGGUUAUCUGUUUUUCUAGUUUUUUGUUUCAUCAUUACUAUACCGUUUAUGGUAUAA